AUGAUUUUGAACAAGUUUAAAAAUAUUGUUAAUUUAAAUAAUACGUCAGAAAAGGAAGCAAAUAAAAAUGGCGAUGAAAAUGAAAAUAAAGAUCAUAAUGACCAGAUUCCGCCAGAGCAAUCUUUAGACGAAACAAAUGAUAAGACAUUCUUUGAUGAUAUGUUAGGAGCACCCCAAUAUACUUAUGAAGAAUUUAUAAAAAUUUUAAAAACACCACAAGAAGAAAGAGGAGAUACAGAAGAUUUAAAAAAACAUUGGGGUCAUCCAAGAAGGUGGAAAGUUAUUUUAUGGGAUAUACAAAUACAAAAUUAUAUGAACAAUGAUUUUAAUGCUUUUGUUGAUUUUGAUUUUGGAGGGGAUAGAGAAGAAUGUAGAAUACAGAGAGGUUCUAAAAUGAAAAUAUAUACCAAAGGGAAGUCAAAAAAUUGUCUACGUACUCAAGUAGUUUGCAAUGUAAGAGCAGAACAAAAAAAAGAAAUAAAAUUUAAAAAGGUUUUUGAAUAUAGAGGAUCUUAUCUUGAUUUAGAAAAUGAAAAAUUAAGAAUAAAAGUAUGGGAAUAUAAAAAAUUUACAUUGAAUAAAUUGGAAGGUAUAUAUGAAGAACCAUUAUUAUCUUUUGCAAUAGGACAAGUAUAUAAUGAAACGACUUUAUAUAAAUUUAUAAAAAAUUCUAGAGUUAAACGAUGCCAAUUAUUUUUUCAAUUAUAUUUUCAAGAGUUAUAUGAUUUUGAAUUAUCUUUUUUAAAUUGGUCAUUUAGUGAUUUAUUAUCACAUACAUAUAUACAAGAAAAAAGUUUAAACUAUUUAGAAAAUCCUGAUGCAAUCGAAAAAAGGCAAAUAAACAAAUCUCAAUGUAGUAUAUUUCCUAAAAUGUGCAAAACUCGAAAAAAAUUAAAUAAAAAUAAUAAAAAACAUAAGAAAAACAGAUUAGGUGAGAAUAUGGAUGAAAAAUUUUCAUUCAAUACAGUUUUGUCAAAUGAAUCCAAUGACCCUUCUAGAAAUAAUGUUAAUAGUGGUACUACAGUUGGAAAAAAUAAAAGCGAAAGGGUUUCGAAAAAUUUAGAAAAGUUAUUCUUUAGAAAUCUAAGUUUAUUAAAUAAUAUAGAAGAAAAUGAAGAUAUUUCUUAUCAAAAUUUAGAAAAUGUUAAAUUACCAAACCCUAGAGUAACUAUGAAAUUAAUUCAUACACCAAAAGGAAAUGAUGGAUUUACUAUUGUUUCUAUGUGCCAAAAACAUGUUCGUUAUCCUAUGUGGGAAAAUUUGGGAGAAAUUUAUUUUAGAGGGACAUUACGUGAUUUAGAUGUAUCCUACCUUAGUGUUAAAGUAGAAGAUAUGUCAGCCCCAAAAGAUGCAAGAGAAAUAGGUGUAUGUCAAAUUCCAUUGAAAGGAAUUGUUGAUUAUCCUCAUAUAAUGCAUGACUUAGAAGCAAGUUCCUGGAUAAUAGAAGAGGCAAAAUGUGAAGGUUGGGAUAAAAAAUUGAAAGAAUGGAAAUUUGGUAAAUUAGAAGGAAAAGUAAUUGUUGGAAGAAUACCAAGGUAUAGACAAAUAGGUGAUAUAUAUCAUAUAGAUAAUAAAUAUUUCUAUUUGAUUGCACACAUAUUAAAUAUAGAUCAAAUAGUUACUGUUGAUAAUGUGAAAGAAUUAGACAGUUAUGUUGAAAUAUCAUUUGAUGAAACAAGUAGAAGAACAAAAAUUGUAAAAAAAAGUUUGACUCCAAAUUAUGAUAGUCACAUUGCUAUACCAUUGAGAUUUAAUAAUAAAAACGAAAUGGAUUAUGAAAACUUUAGUAAAAAGGGAUGUAUAUAUAUAGAUGUAUGGGGUAAAACAGAUGAUAUAAUUUAUAUAGGAGGUAUAUCUGUAACACCGUAUGAAAUUUUUUAUAAUGAAAAAAAUGCAAGAAGGAAAAAAACCAAAUUAGAACACACAGAUUUAGAAACAAAUAUAAAAAUAAAUUAUGAAACUGUAGUAUAUAAAGGCUGUAAAAAAUUACAUUUUUUACAUGAUGAUCAAAGAUUGUCAAAUUUAAACUUUAGUAUAUGGACAUAUCCAGAUUUAUUAAGCAAUGAAGGAACUACUACUACUACUACUAAUAAUAAUAAUAAUAAUAAUAAUAAUAAUAAUAAUAAUAACAAUAAAGAUACUAAGAUAUGUUCUCCUCCUGUUUUUAAUACUACUAAUAAUUUUCCUUUAAAAUUAGCACAAAAAUAUGAUAAAUUAAAAAACUUAUAUUUUCAAGUGUUAAAAGCAAUUAAAGGAAUCCCCGAAAGUUGUACAGAUAUAUCAAAAGCAAAAAGAUUUUUUAAUUAUGAAUUGUUAAAUCAAAGAAAAGAGAACCAUUUUCUACCAACUCUUAUAACAAAUGUUAAAUCUCCAUAUUUCUAUGAGUCUGAAAGAGCGAUAUUUCAUUAUGUUCGAUGUAUACCAUUUAUACAUAAAAAAGAAAAUUUAGUAUUUACUCCUGAUUUUACCUUACAAUUAAAGGGGGGUAAUGCAUUAGAUCACAGUCUUUUGUUAUGUAGUCUUUUUCUCGGAAUUCCAGUUAUUUCCUUUGUUUGUUUUGGUACAUUAUUGGAUAACCAAAAACAUGCAUGGGUAGCUACACUCGAAUUUAAUGAACAUAAAAAUUAUGGGGUUAUCAAAUUUUGGGAAACAACUACAGGAAAUGUGUAUACACUAAAAAAAAGAAUUUUAGAUAUUAAUAAAUUAAAAAGUUUAAAAAUACAGUUAAAUGAAUCUAAACAUAAAUUACAUCUAAGAGAUGAUUUUUUACAUAGAAACAGUAUACAAAAAGACUCAGAUACAAUUAAAGAACAGACUAAAAGAUAUAUUAGAGAAUUAUUUCAAAAUAGAAGCAGCGAUACUCCACCAAAUGGUCCAUCAUUACCAUACAAAACCAUUGAUCUUAUAUUUAAUAAUACAAAUAUUUAUGUUAAUUUACAAGAUUCAGACCCUUUAAAUAUAUGGUAUGAUUAUUGGAAAUUUGAUUAUUGGUUUCCUUUUUCUUCUAUACAAUAUAAUAUACAGCCAUGUUUUACUAUUAAAGCAUUUUCACAUAAAAUUGAAGAUAUGGAACUUGAUAGAUUAGCUAAAGACCUUAGAACAAAUAUAGAACAAAAUAUAAAUAUUUAUCGAGCUUCUAGAAAUUUAUCCACUAGAUGGAAUAAAGAUGAAACUUUAGAAUUAUUUUUACAAGUAGGUUUAGAAUUGUUACAUCAAUUAAAUACAUCAAGAAAAGAUGAUGAAAGAUUAGCUAAAGUUAAAAUUGAUGAUUGGAAAAAAGCCUUAUAUCAUAAAGUCCCACAAAGUCAUAGGUUACUAGGUUUUCCAUAUCAUUUCAAUACUUGUAAAUCAAAAUUUAUUACUGAUAAACUUAUAAGCACAUUAGCAAUUUUAGAAUCAAGAGAUAAAACUUUAUGUCUUUCUUUAGCUGUAUGUUUAUAUAGUCUUCCUGGAGGAUUUAUCUCUGUAUAUAUAUAUAUUAUUACUUGCGUUAAAAUUACACAACGUGAAAUGCGUAAAAUUGAAAUUACUAAAGAAAAGGCUCAAAGAAAGACAAAACUCAAAAAUUUGAAAAAAAAAGAUCACAACAAUAAUAACGCUGAUACACAAUCAGGAGAAGUUGAAGACAUGAAUAAUAUACAAAAUCAUAAUGAUGGGAUUUUAACAAAUUUUGAAGAAACGUUAAAAGACGACCCUUAUUAUGAAAAUGAACAAAAUUCAAAUACAAACAAAAGUUCAUUUGACAAUUUUUAUAAAAAUGAAGAAAAUGCAAGUGAGAUAGGUCUAAAUAAAGAAAACCAAAAUGAAGAAAAUGAAAAUUCCUCAAGAAACGGGGACAGAAGGAAAAAAAAAUUACAAAAAUCUGUAGAUAUAAUCAAUAUAAUGUUGGAAAUAAAAAAUAGAAAAAAAAAUGAAAAAAUAGACAAAGAUGCUAAAAGAAAUAAAUCUGAAGAAAAUAAAAAUAAUGAGAAAUCAUUAAUUGGUGAUAAAAAUAGCAUGUUAAGUAAAAUAGUUAAUGAAGUUUCAAUGAAAAGCAAAGAAAAAAAUCUCGAUCAAACUCUUGACAAUGAUAAGAUAAAAACAAAGGAUAAAGAUGAAACAAAAAAGAAGAAAAAAAGUAAAUCUAGAAAAAAAGACAAAGAUCUAGAAUAUGAAAAAUUAAUGAUAUCAAAUGCAUAUCUUGAAAAAGAAAGAAAAAGGCUACAAGAAGAUAUGGAAAAAUUAAAACUCGAAAAAGAAGAACUUAGAUUACAAAAAGUUGUAGAAAAUGAAGAUGAAAAUCAAAAACUUAUAGAAGAAAAUAGAAAAUUAAAAAAAGAAUUAUUAGAAAAUGAUAAGUUGGAAAGAAAAGUUUCAUUUAUGCUUAAAGUAAGUGAAUGGGAAAAAAAGGAAAAAGAAAGAAAAAAACAACAGGAGGAAAGUUAUAAACAAAUGAUGGAAGAAGCUAAUAUAAAUGAAAACAAAGAGAAACAGAACAAAUCGAAAGAAAAGGAAAGAGAAAGAGAAAAGGCAAGAGAGAAGGAAAAUGAUAAAGUGAAAAAAAAAAAAAAAAAACAUAGAGAUGAGGAUAAUAAGGAAAAAAUCAAAAUAACCAAAGGGGAUAAACAAAAAAAGUUGCAUAAUAAAAACAAAAAAGAAAUAAUCCCCGAAAUAAAGAAUGAUGAAACAGACUUAGCGAAAGAAAUAAAUUAUGGUGAAAAAACAAAAGAAAUAGAUCAAGAAAAUCCAAAAAGUUAUAUAGGCCUAGAAAAUCAAAUUAAAAAUGAGGGAUCCGAUGAAUCUAACGAUAGUUUUGACUCAAAGAUGCAUGAUAAAAAUGGAAAUCAACAUGGAAAAGGAUAUAUUAAUUUAACAAGUUUUGACGAAAAUUUAGAUUUGAACAAAAUUUACAGAAACAAUUCAGGUUUGGGAUAUAUAAAAGAAACAAAAAGAAACACAAUCAAAGUUCACACCACCAGAAAAAUAUAUAAUGACAAUAAGCCCAAUGAUAUAGAAAAUUCAGAUAUAAAUGAUAACAUAAAUCAAGCAAAUAUAGCGAGAUAUUUAUAUGAUAAAAACACAUCUCAUAAUGACAAUCAAAAAACAUAUUAUAAUGAUAAGCCUCAUUAUGGAAAGGAUCGGAAAAGCAUAACAUAUAAAGAAAUAAAAGACUAUGAUUUAUUUAAAGGAUUUAUUGAAGAAACUAAAAAAAAAAAAAAAAUAGUUUUAGUGAAAAAGCCAUAA